ACUGGGGAAAAUAAGCGAAUUCUACCUUAUCUUCUCCUCUUUUACAUUAAAAAAAAAAGCAGUUUCAAAAGAUAGAACUGGUGGAAGAACUCUUCCAGUUCCAACGGCCAUGGCCACCUUCAGCUUCAAAUCUCUGCGCCAACAACAACAACACUUCCUCAGCCUAACACCAAGUAAGUCCUCAUCAAAACAUAUUAAUUCAAAUACCCAUCACUUUCUUUCUCAUGCUUUCACUCUGAAACACAAACUUCAUCAAGAAAUUUCCUCACUUUUUAUAACAAAAGCAAGUAUUAGUGGCAAAUUAGAACCACGAAUAGCUAAUAAACAACAUCAAAAUGCAACACAAGUUAUUGAUUCUGAUAAGAAAAUGAAUCAUGGGUUAUCUCCAUUAAGGUCUAGAGAAGAAAGGAUAAAGAAAAAAUCUGAUUUUAAUUCAUUAAUGGGGGAGAAAAUGGAGAGACAAUAUAGAAGAAGAGAUAGUGAUGUUGUUGAGCCUAGAAGAAAGAGAGAAAUGGGUUCUGGGGUUUCUUCUUUGAGGUCUAAAGAUGAUGAAAAGGUAGAGACUAAACCUAAGAGAAGUAAAGGUAGUAGAGAUAUUAUUAGAGGGAAAAAGAUGGGGAAUAAGUCUGAUAAGAGUGAGGUGAUUGAGGAGAAAUAUCCUAAGAAAAAGAAGCUUGAUAUGGUGGAAGUUCAAUUUCGAAUUCAGCUGGAUCAGUGUUCUAAAAGAGGGGAUUUUUCAACUGCAAUUUCUCUGUAUGAUUCAGUUCAGAAGGAAGAGAAUCUUGAAUUAGGUCAAUACCAUUAUACUGUGCUUCUCUAUCUUUGUUCGUCUGCGGCUGUUGGUGUUGUUACCCCAAUGAAAAGUGGGAAUGAUAGUAGGACUUUCAGUAUAAUGAGUGUUGGAGAUGAUGUUGUCGAAGGAAUGAGUGAGAGGGAAGAUUGUGCAUUGCGGGUAGAUGAUAAUGUCAAAAGAAUUGCCCGCAUGAAGGGUUUUGAAAUCUAUGAGAAGAUGUGUGCGGAGAAGAUUCCGUUGAAUGAAGCGGCAUUGACUUCUGUUGCUCGGUUGGCAAUGUCGAUUGGUGAUGGAGAAAUGGCACUCCAGAUGGUAAAUACAAUGAAAGAACUUGGUAUAAACCCCAGAUUAAGAUCGUAUGGACCUGCAUUAUUCACUUUUUGCAGCAAAGGAGAUGUUGAAAAAGCAUUCAAAGUUGAAGAACAUAUGUUGGAAAAUGGGGUUUACCCUGAAGGGCCUGAACUUGAAGCACUGUUGAAAGUAAGUGUUGAAACUGGAACAGCGGACAAAGUCUAUUAUGUGUUGCAUAAACUGAGAACCAGUGUCAGGAAAGUAUCAGCUUCUACUGCAGAUUUGAUUGAGAAAUGGUUUGGAAGUAAGGCAGCUUCAAGAGUUGGGAAGAGAAAAUGGGAUCAGGCAUUGAUAUUGGAAGCAGUUAAAAAUGGCGGUGGCGGCUGGCAUGGUCAGGGUUGGUUGGGUAAGGGAAAUUGGGCAGUGAAAAUAACGUACGUUGGAGCUGAUGGUUACUGUGAGGGCUGUGGGGAGAAAUUGGUUACCAUAGAUCUAGAUCCAAUUGAGACUGAGAACUUUGCUAAAUGUGUGGCAUCUAUUGCUAUGAAGAGAGAAAAAAACUCAAGCUUUCAGAGAUUCCAAAAAUGGCUGGACUAUUAUGGACCUUUUGAAGCAGUGGUAGACGGUGCUAAUGUGGGUCUUUUUACCCAAAAGAGCUUUUCAGUAUCUAAGGUGAAUGCUAUUGUCAAUGGAAUUCGCCAGAGGCUUCCUUCAAAGAAGUUGCCUCUGAUUAUUGUGCAUCAUAAGCGUAUUGAAGGAGGCAAAAUGGAAGAACCAGCAAAUAAAAAAAUUAUAGAGAAGUGGAAGAAUGCAGAUGCAAUCUUCGCUACACCAACUGGAUCAAAUGAUGAUUGGUACUGGUUAUAUGCAGCUAUAAAGUUUAAGUGCUUACUGGUGACCAACGAUGAAAUGCGAGAUCAUAUAUUUCAACUUUUAGGAAAUGAUUUCUUCCCAAGAUGGAAAGAAAGGCAUCAGGUACAUUUUAAUUUCAGCGAGUGGGGUCCAGAAUUUGAAAUGCCUCCUCCUUGUUCUGUUGUUAUUCAGGAAUCAGAGUGUGGACACUGGCAUAUUCCGGUUGCAUCAGAACAAGAUUCAGAAAGGGAUAGAACUUGGCUUUGUGCAACACGCAUGCAUGUUGAAAACCAAGAUUUUCCCAAAAGACAUGAGGAUGCACAUCUUCCAAACAACAUGAAGAGCAAAUCUCCAAGUAAAAUCAUGAAGCAGCGGCCAUCAGAUCAUGGUGAAGGUUCAAAGAUACAUGAAAAUACUCAACCCCCUCCUGCACAAGAAACCUACAGGAACCUUAGAAAUAUUUUAUCAGCUUCACUAUUAUCAAACUCAAACUAUCAAACCCCUAUUUCUGACAUUGAGAAUGCUGAGAAACUUAGUGGCUGCACAAUUGACUUCCAAAUCUGAGUGGCACCUCUUUUUAUUCAAAGCACAGAUCUUACAUCUUCCAUGCAGAGCAGAUUCAAAGAAAUUUUUUUGCAGAAAGCUCCCUUAAUAGCAUUUAGUUUUCACACUGGUCUUGCUUAUCAGAUGUAAAUUGAGUUUAAUCUGUGUCAGAAUGUAAUCUCUGGGUUCUGUUACAGGUAGGAUUGUAUAUUUCAAAAGGAACUGGAUUCCAAACAUCAAUCAACUCAAAUGGGUUUCCUAUUCAAGGAGUACUGUAAAUAUAAAGCUUCCAGUUGCUUC